UGGGUCUGAUGACUCAGCGGAAGCGCUUAGAGUCCUCCCCCAGGAUCAACAGGCACUUGGAGCAACAAUUCCUUUCAAUCCAAUGGCAAUGACUGGAUUCCAGGAUUCUUUUGUAGCUUACCUGAGGCCCUUUGUGCAGACAUUGUUUUCGGUCUGCAUCAUGUCUGGAGCCAGCCGGCUGCUGGCGCUUCUCCUCUGCGGCUGCUACGUGGCCGCCCUGGGGGUCCACACCAGUGAGCACUGCCCGGCCGAGCAUCACCAGGCCGACCAGUACGUGGCUGCCGUGUACGAGCACCGGUCCAUCCUGAGCCCGAACCCACUGGACCUCAUCAGCCGCAGGCAGGCCUUGGAGCUCAUGAACCAGAACCUUGAUGUAUACGAACAGCAAGUGAUGGCCGCAGCCCAAAAGGGCGCACAGAUCAUAGUGUUCCCAGAAGACGGCAUUCACGGAUUCAACUUCACAAGAACCUCCAUUUACCCGUUUUUGGACUUCAUGCCAUCUCCCCACUUGAUCGGAUGGAACCCAUGCCUGGAGCCCCACCGAUUCAAUGACACGGAGGUCCUCCAGCGUCUGAGUUGUAUGGCUCUCAAGGGAGAGAUGUUCCUGGUGGCCAAUCUUGGGACCAAGCAACCUUGUCACAGCAGGGACCCAGGGUGCCCAAAUGAUGGAAGGUACCAGUUCAACACCAACAUUGUGUUCAGCAGUAACGGGACCCUGGUUGACCGCUACCGCAAACACAACCUCUACUUCGAGGCGGCAUUUGACACCCCCCUUGAGGUGGACCACAUCAUCUUCGACACCCCCUUUGCUGGCAAGUUUGGCAUCUUCACUUGCUUUGACAUCCUGUUCUUUGAACCUGCCGCCAGGCUGCUCAGGGACCCUGAGGUGAAGCACGUGGUGUACCCGACCGCCUGGAUGAACCAGCUCCCGCUUUUGGCGGCUGUGCAGAUCCAGAGGGGCUUCGCCACUGCCUUUGGCAUCAACCUCCUGGCCGCCAACAUCCACCACCCGUCUCUAGGGAUGACCGGAAGCGGCAUACACGCCCCUCGGAAGUCUUUCUGGCACCAUGACAUGGAGAGCCCCGAAGGCCACCUUAUAGUUGCCCCGGUGGCCAAAAACCCACUGGGUCUCGUUGGUGCAGAGAGUGCCACAGGUAAAACAGACCCAGCCCACGGUAAGUUUUUAAAGAUCUUGGCAGCUGGUCCGUACUCUGAGAAGGACGCUCAGGAUGUCCACUGCGACGGAGCCACCGGAUGGAACACGAGCACUCCUGCCACCUUCUACUCUGAGAUGAUGUAUGACAAUUUCACCCUGGUCCCUGUCUGGGGAAAGGAGGGCCACCUCCAAGUCUGCGCCAAUGGCCUUUGCUGUCACUUACUCUACCAGAGGCCCACUCUGUCCAAAGAGCUAUAUGCCCUGGGGGUCUUCGACGGUCUUCACACCGUGCACGGCACUUACUACGUGCAGGCUUGCGCCCUGGUCAAGUGCGGGGGGCUCGGCUUUGACACCUGUGGUCAGGAGAUCACGGAGGCCACGGGGAUGUUUGAGUUUCACCUGUGGGGGAACUUCAGCACCGCCUAUGUCUUCCCAAUGCUGCUGACCUCAGGGAUGACCCUGGAAACCCCUGACCAGCUCGGCUGGGAGAGCGAUCACUACUUCCUGAGGAAGCGGGGCCUGUCCUCUGGUCUGGUGACGGCUGCUCUGUACGGACGGGUGUACGAGAGGGACUAGGAGGGUGCGGGGUGGGCUCUGGCCAACGCGGGGGCUUCCCCCGGCGUGGGCACAGGCCGAAGUCCGGGGCACGUGGGCCACCUCUCCCCGCCCCGGAGUCCCUCCUGGGCGCCGUUGGAAGAAGCAGGGAAACAGAUUUCACCAGUGUCUCUUCCUCUUAAAUACAAAUUAGCAAGACACCUCUGGCAUUCUUCUACUUGCGUUUCCACUUUCCAAGCCACAUCUUCCUCCGGCAGGGCUUUCAUUACACAAUUGUUGUAAGAACUCAAACAAAAAUAAAUGUCAGUUUACACAGUCCCUCCCCCAACACUGAUGAGGUAUCUGACCAAGCCAGGGUGUCAGCUGCUGGGGGGGUUCCAGGUGGAAUGUUGGUGUGUUCCCCGGGGCCUGUGUGGCUGGUGGCUCCACGGCGACCGGGCAGAGCCCUGUGCGGGGUCAGUGCCGUGCGGGGGCUGCCGUGCCCUGUGGAGCCUGGCUUAGGGCUCUUCUUUGAGAAGCUGACUGAGGUCAUGGUGUUGCUGCCGCCCAAUAGCCUGAGUUCAUGGUUCGCUUUCCAAAACCUAGAAGGGCGGACAGCGGCAUGUCUGCCUGUCAGCAGGUUAUUGGUUGGUGUCUUACGUGCUUUCAGACUUGCUCAGUCUUGUUGGCGUGGGGACAUUGGCAGAGAACACCAGGCUCGACAGAGAUUCAUUAAAUAUACUUAGCCUCGCUGAUACUUACAGAAAAAUGAUGAGGGUGAGCCUGCCUUUGAGAAAGGAACUCAAUUCUCUGGUCCAAGAACUGGUCCAGGAUUCCUGCAGUCUAAACAAGAAGAGAUGGCAGAGAUGCUAAUAGUGCUCAAGAUCCUGGAAGAGGUAACACAAGCCCCAGGGAACACACCAACGUUCCGCUCCACUCAGGCAUCCAUUUCAGAGGAUCAGCACCUGAGCAGCACUGAAGCCAAUGGCAGCAGGGCCAGCCCCUCCUUCAAUCAGAGUUCCUCCGACUUCGCAUUCUGUGCCCAACAGUCACUCCCCCAUGGUCAACUUCUCUCUUCAAAUAUGUAUUAUAAUUCUUAGACCACACCA